UACCUAUCUUGUUUUCACCAUGAACCAUGGCAGAGAGCAACCAGUAUGACUUUAACCAAAAACCAUACUCUGAAAGCUAAGAGAAUCAUAUAUCCACGAAUAAUAUAAGAAUUGAGUUUUGUAUGUAUUAACAAUUAUUUCACAGUACAAAAUCUGAUUAACAAUGCGGCUUGGAUUGGCUCUAUUAACCAUCCAUAUAAAUAAAAUACCAUAUAGAUUCAGAGGGAAAUAUCGUAGAGUUAAAAAACCAUCUAUGCACGAUUUAUUUAAGAUGAAGAAAAAUUUCGAGAGGGAAGAGCAAAAUAUGUUGAUUCUACGGCAUCCUUAUCUCACACUUGAACAAAGUCAUGGUUACAUGAAGGACAUGUACCCCGAAAGCAGAAAGCAGAACUUUCUCGAGAAGGUACGGGCAGAAAAUCGUCAGAGGUUCCAGAAAGAAAUUACUAUCACCGAACGUCUGUGCCACAUGAGAGUUACAGAAGCGUGGGAUUGAAAUCUUUCUACAGAUAUAUGUCUUUCCCUCAUAAAGCAAAUUUGCAAAAUCUGCCACAACUGGAUCGGCAUUAACACUGCUAAU